UCUUUUUUCAGGCGUGUAUAUCUUCAAAAAGUGCGCACUUCAAUUGUAGUUUUACCCAUCGGACCGUGCUUUCCUCUAGUUUUCGGUAUGACCAUGCAUGUUCCAGAGUCUCCUGUCCACUAGUCACUCGUCAACGCCUGUCAGUCUUUUUCUAGGAAACGAGGAGUUCUGGGUUUGGGCGUUUGGAUACCCAUGGGAUUUUCGUUUCUCAUGGAUCCUAUAUGGCAACAGGUUUAUGAGAGUUUUGGCGAGUUUGACCUCUUGUUUCUGCUUCGUUUUACUUCUGGCCCUGCAAGCUUUUUUUUACUUCUUCUGGUGGACGGUGGCAUGUGGCUUAUUUUGGUUUGUUUGCUUUGAGCAAGGUGGGGGUUUGGUGCUUUAUUUAGUCUUAAAACUGUAGAUAUUUGAAACAUCAUUGAUUUUGGAGUUUCGAACUA